AUGUCGAGUCCCACGAAAAUAGAAACUGUCGUUAAUACUUGGUGUGUUUACAUCCUUUUCAACCCUAACAACUCAAAGGUAUACGUUGGUAAUACCCAUGACCUCAAGGAACGUCUCCAGAAACACAAUCGUUUAUCAAACGAUGAAGGCAAAGAAGUUUGGGAACCCAUCGUCGCUAUUACCGGUUUCCUCAGCAGCAAAGAGGCGACGAGUUUUGAGAUGAACAUCAAACUUCUGGCCAAGAAAAAAGAAUACAAUGAAUACGCCAAUCUCUAUCAGGGACGAUGUCCUUCAAUUGUACUUAAACGGAUCAUAGCCAUUAGAGGAUUAUUGUGCGAACACGAUCAGUUCUGGAAAGCCCCUCGUGGCAAAAAACGCCGUUACGUCUUACACUGGGGAAGUUACAUGGAACGAGAUACGAGACAGCUGGUGGUAUUGCAAACCUGCCCAUGGGCAAGAGUUGGAAGAUACGUGAAGCACAAAAGAAUGAAUUUAAGCGAUCAGGUAACUGCCACUCGCACGAGUAGCAGCGACGACCUAUCCUCAGUUUCCAGCAGCUCCUCACCCGAACGACCAAAAUCACAACAUAUCGUCGAAAAAAUAUAUGAGCUACCUUAA